AAAAUCCCCUCAUAAUGAUGCAAGCGUCUGCGUCGCAGAAAUGCGCGGCGCAUUUUUAAAUCAAGCGGUCAAGGUGACAGUGAGGGGCCGGGUGAGGACUAGAUUUGCAGAGGUGUGGAGUGUGUGGAUGCCACAGUGAUCCACUAGACUGACGUCUCUCCGGUAGCGCAGACGAAGACCGCAGCCCGGUUAUUUUACAGACUUCAAUACAGCCAAGCAGUCGACAGUCUCUCCUGCAGAGAGACAUAGAGGAGGAGGGAAAAAAAAAGAACUUCAGCAACGGCAAGCUGUGGUUUUGCAGCAUGUUCCACCUUCGGCAAUCUCCGUUUAAACACACUCGCUCAGCAACUGUUUGAUUUUGCUGGUGUGUAGGCUAUUUUUUUUUUUUUUUUGUUUGGGAAAGAUUCGUCUUUUUCCCCCCUUCGGCUGAUGUAAAAAAAUCUCCCCUCUCUUUAUUGGAAUGAUGUGGACCUCUCAUGAUACUGUUGGAUUUGUUUUCUUAGCCGGAUUUUGUGUGCAAUUCGGAUUCUCCUUUGAAGGUCGCUUCACGGAUCUGCCCUCCAACAUGACGGUUAAAGAGGGACAAAACAUAGAAAUGGCGUGUGCUUUCCAGAGCGGAACCGCGUCUGUGUAUUUGGAGAUCCAGUGGUGGUUCGUGAAAGCACCGGAACCCACUGACAGCGAGGAGGACGUCGAUGAUGAGGAGAUGGAGAUGAUACCAGAGCCUGAUCCUGAUGACGAGGGGACAAAAAUAAGUACAGUGAAAGUCCAGGGCAACGACAUCUCACACAAGCUGCAGAUCUCCAGAGUCAGCAAGAGUGACGAAGGACUGUACGAGUGCCGGGUGACGCGAGCUAACUACGGAGAGAUUGUGGAGUACAAAGCCCAAGCCUGGCUGAAGGUCAACGCCACAGCCCGGCCACGACGACCACUGCCACCUCCCAAGAAGAGCUCCCCACUGCACCUGACAGACAAGAAGCCGAGAAAGUCCAGCUCACCUUUGGGCCAGGACAGCAUGAGCUCAGACCAGAGGGUGGCUUCCACCUCCACCUCUCACACAACCUCCAAUACAGCUAAACACAACCCCGGCUCAGGUACAAGAAUAUCAUCCAGCUAUGGACUGGCUGUCCUCCUUCUGGCAUGUGGUUUGGUGAGGGAUGCCUUGUUAUAAUUUGAAGAACUGACAUGGUUCGCUCCCAGAUUUCUCUCUCUCUCUCUCUCCUCUCUCUCUAUUUCUCUCCUCUCUCUCUCUCUCUGUUUGCUCCCAAAGUGAACGAGAAAAUUGCCUGUUUUAUUUCCUCUCCCCCACCAUGCGGACAGCACAGUUGGCCCUCAUUUCCCAGCCACUACUGCUCUUGCACCCAGCACAUUGUUAUUAGCCACUGUAAACACCAGUCACCUUUAAAACCAGUUGGAUUACCUUUCGUACAGACGUCGACUCAACACCAUCUGAGGUGCAACGCUCUGGUGUGAAAACGGACUCUGUAUCUUAUUGGAUAAUUCUCAUGGAAGAAUGACUUUCUUAUGGUUUUGAUGUUCCAGUUCAUGUGUUCAUUGCUCAAAAGUGAACAAGAAAAAAGGAGAAUCUAUAUUUGUGUAAUAUAUAUGAUUCUAAAUAUAUAUCUGUUUUAUUUGAAACACCUAGAAUUACUGUAUGUGCUGUAUGCAUAGCUGACACUCACCAUAUUGGCCAUGUAACUUCAUUGUGAAUAGGCACUCUGGCCCUCUCAAAGAAACAAAAGAAAUUCAAGUACACCUUAAUAUAGACUGUUAACAUUAACCAUCAGGUUAAAAAGGUUAUAUUAGUAUUUUUUUUUCUUUCAGCUGCAUUGGCCAUUCAAAUUAUCCAAUGUGCAUAAUUUUACAUCUUGUUAGUGAUACAUAUACAGGUGUGCAUGCUUAUUGGUCUGAUGGCUUAAAAGAAAGGAACAUAUGUUAUUUGAACUACAUAAGUCAACACUUGGAGUUCAGUGUUACAGUAUGUUGAAUUUAGUUUUAUUUUAAUGUGCUACCUUGGUGUGAAAAAAAAACAACAAAAAAACAAAAAAAAACAAAAAACUAAUUGUCCCUUGUCAUUUUAAUUUGUACUGCAUCCUCAGUAGGAAUAAAAAGGAUGUCACAAUUUAUGACUCAUUCAAAAUCCUGAUAUGUGACCAUUGGAUGAUUAAUUUUAAUUGACCUGCACCAUUUUUAAAUGGCAUGCUUCAGUUGCUGUGCACCUCCCUGGUAUGUCUCAUUAUUACAGCAGAGGAUGAAUGUGUAUUUACCCACUUUGGAUCAUGAGCAAUGCUAGUUUGCAUUAUGUUUUAGCCAGCACACAAACACACAUACUCGCACAUUUAGAGGCAGAUGUUUUUAGUGGCUGGAGGGUGACAUGAGAUGCCGUGCAACAUAGAGAGUAGACUUGCUUAUCAUCAAAACUGUAUAUGACCCAUGUUUGGGAGAAAUAUGUUAGUUUUGUUGAUUUUUUUUUCUCUUAGAUCUCACAGUAAUAUAUUUUUAGCUUUAUUUUCAGAUGAUAUAUCAUUGAGAUUUUUAUCCACGCAGAGCAUAUAUAAGCAAGACGCUUUGACAAUCUGACACAAAGACAGGCAGAGGUGUUGUUUGGUUUCAUAGUGUAACAUAGUGUAACACUGCAUUCAGAUCAUUGCUAUGAUACAGUAUGACCUCCAGAAUAAAAGGGAUUCUUUUGUUGUUGUUAACUUUUGAGCUGAAAAGGAAAUUGUACACCAUCCAUCAGAAAUGCAGAUGUUCCAAUUCAAACUGAAAUAUUUAUAAAUAAUAGAAUAGUUGAUUUAUGUCUCAAGAAUCAUGCUGUAAGUGAAUGUUAUUCACCAUGAGUGUAAGCUGCCAGAGUGCAGCAGUUGCCCUGCAAUGAGAUCAAUAUUUUAUUUUAGAAGACAAUGUCCCCUAAGCACAUAGUAUUUUUUGCUCAGUUUAUGCCCAAAACUUACACCGACUUUGAGGUGUUCAAACAAGAAGCAUGAUUAUCUAGUUCCUCAUGUGUUGUAUGGUAUAAUCUAACAUUCAUACAUAACAUACAGAUGUAAUUGCCAGUAAUUACUGUGCUGUGUGUUUUCAAAAAAGCAAAGUACUCACCUCACUUUGUGCUUUUAUUCCGCUUUGCAGACAAAGCAAAAAUCCCCCUCCUGUAUAGUUAUACUGCAUUCCCAAAGAACUGUGGUGGGAAACUUGUUGAUUCAGCAUUGAGGUUCAAAGGCUGACAGAGCAUGUAAUGCUUUGGGAUCAGACCAGAGACAUCUCAUGAUCAGCAGCUUCCAGCCUGGGUACAAGAUGUGUGGGCAAUAGCGGGCAACCCUGUCUGACCCCUCACGUUCCAAAUAGCUUCAGGGUGUAUUUGGACAGUUAAUCUAGCAUCACUUUCAUAUAUAUGCCACUCUGCUGUGACUGGAAAUAGAUUGCUGCGUUUUGAAAUGAGAUAUGUUAUGUAAUAUGAUUCAGAAUGUUUAGUUUGAAGAAGAAAAAAAAAACACUUAUUUUAAGGUAUUUAGAAUGGGAUUUUGGAUGUCGAUUCUAUUGGAAAUGUGCUCGAGCACUUUGGAGAGUGUGCACAGUUUGAGUGGACAUGAUGACUUUGUCCAACCCUCAUGUAAAAAGUUACAGAUCUGUACAACUUGUAAAUGAAAUAAUCAGCAUGUUAACAUUUUUAAAAAAAAAAAAUCAAUUUAAAAAGGCAGAGGCCAGUGAUGUUCUGUACUUGUAACAAUGGUGUCAUGUACUCAUAUUCAAGUGUUAACAAGUCCAAAGUGGGUCUUCAUCUCUUCAAAAUGAACUUGGGUAAAAUGUAUUUGACAAAAAAAAUAUAUAUCUCUAUAUAUAUAUAUUAGAAACAUCUCCUUUAUAAAGCUUUCAUCCUAAUCUCGGGGACUCACUGUACUGUGGGUCUGCAACAUAUUGAAUAACAAAUAAUGAAAGGAAGGGGUGAUGAUUGAUUUGAUAUUGUGAUCAGAGUGAUGAAAAAUGAUGCUUGGUAUAAAAAAACUGAGUCAUGAGUUUGGGUUUUGAUGGAGGCUUAAGUGCUUACGGGCAACAAGGUCUCUGUUACCAAAGAGGAGAACAGUUCAUGAUGACGGCGAGAGCAGCAGUUCCUUCAUCCAGGGAUGUUAUUUCAGAAACAUCACACAACCAUUUUUCUGUUCUGUUUUAUAUGCCGCACUACCCAUCCACUCUAGAUGUAUUUGUUUCUUCUAAUGUAUUUCAUUUCAAUGCGGUCCUGUCUGUUUGUUGAGCUGUCAAAAAUUCUUAUGAAUUAUAAUUCUCUUUUCUUUGGUAUUGUGUGAGGCUUCUGUACUGGAACAUUGCAACAGUUUGUAUUAUAAUGACAAUAUCAGAAUAAUAUUUAAAUAAAUCAUUUUCACAGAUGAAAUUC